AAAGCAAGCAAGAAGAAGAACGGUUUUGAUUUGGUGGUGUCACCGCACCUGGAGAAACGAGGUGAAAGUUAAUGUUUAAAUAGUCGUAUUUGGAGAGAUGCAGUUUGCAUGCAGAGGUAUUAAGAUGAUUUUGUAAUUCUUUGUCGUCGAACAUCUCCCUUUAAGAGGUGCACCGGUGUGUGUUUGCGUUGACUUGUUAGCGACUGAUAGAGAUGGAUCAUCAAAGCAGUUCGACUGAUGACCCCAGGCCAGAAGACAUAAAGAGCGAUGUUCAACAAACGGAUGCAAAAGGAGAGCUUCAAACGUCCGAUCAAACUAAAGACCACAUACCAUCAGAGAACACACACGAUGGCCUGGCUUGUCUAAAUUCAGCAGACUGUGUGUCUGCAGGUUUAGGGGAUGAAUCGGGUACUUCAGAAAGCAGAAGUGACCAAACUCACAACAGCAAUGGACAGAAAUUGAGGCGAGCCAGUUCACCCGGUCUUCACCCAGUUAAAACAUCCUGCGUUGCUGCACACCCGUCAAAUGCAAAACUCACCCGUUGUCUUAGUAACAGUCCCACGAAAAUUUCUGGCAUACCCAAUGAUGUGGAAAUGCUGAGUCCUGACAGUCCACUGUGCGACACUGUAGUCAACAGUCUAUCAGAUUGUUGUGAUGGUCCGGUUGGCUGUGCGGAGGACUCUGCAAAGGAUCCGGGUUUAAAAUCUCAGCAGGUUGUGAAAGAUUCCGACUCUGGAAGUUUGACUCAGGAAAAAGUCUGUCCUGUCACCACAAGCACCGAAGAAAAAGAUGCGGAGAUGGGGGAGUGCAGCGGCUCGUCUGAUAUGAGUCAGGACUUAAUUGAGAGCCAGCCAGCUGCGAUUAGUAAAAGUUUUCAGUGUAACUUGGACAAAGCAUGGCUCGGGACUCCCAUAGAUGAGCUCAACAGAAGACCUCAAUGCGCUCCACCUCUGUCUCACCUAAAAGCAACGCCGAAUCAUACUGUCACAGUUAGGACAGAUCUCCUCAGAGAGGGAGAAGUCCCCAUCCCAUACCCCUCCAAGUUCAGAGAUGUGUGGGAUGAUUUGUCUGUUAAGAUGCCCUGCUCUGAAAAAAAUCUGUUUCCUUUGGAGACUGAGGAUGGAAGUGGUUUCCAGAGUCGGUGGGAACUGAUCCAUACUGCCUUACACAGAGGAUUCAAAAGUUGUCUGGAUGUCAGGGAUGCAAUACUGAGGUACAACACGGCCCAUGCAAAGAAGUGGGACUUCACUGCCUUGAACCUUUUUUGCACAGAGUAUCUUGAGCAUUGUGAGGUGCAACAGCUGUUUGAGGGCAUUCUACCUAAUAUGGUCGAGCUCGCACUUAGUGCACCUCGCCUCUGCACAAUGCCAAUUCCUUUACUUAAGUCAGGUAUGAACCAUUCCCUGACUCUGUCUCAGGAGCAAAUAGCCUGUCUUUUGGCCAACGCCUUCUUCUGCACAUUCCCUCGACGCAACUCCCGCAAGUCGGAGUACUGCAACUAUCCUGAGAUCAACUUCUACAGGUUGUUUGAAGGCUCUUCCCCUAGAAAAAUUGAGAAGUUAAAAACUCUGCUGUGUUACUUCAGGAGAGUUACUGAAACACAACCUAAUGGUCUUGUUACAUUCACAAGACAAACUCUUACCAAUCCACCAGACUGGGAAAGUUCUCAGACUCAGCUGACGCGCCUACAUAUCACUUGUAAGGGGACAAUUGAGGAUGAUGGAUAUGGGAUGCUUCAGGUUGACUUUGCAAACAGGUAUGUAGGAGGUGGAGUCACAGGAAAUGGACUGGUCCAGGAGGAGAUCCGGUUCAUCAUCAACCCAGAGCUCAUUGUUUCUCGUCUCUUUACUGAAGCUCUGGAACUCAAUGAAUGCCUCAUUAUAACAGGAACUGAACGAUACAGUAAAUAUUCUGGUUAUGCCGAGAGCUACAAGUGGCAGAAAAGCUACAAAGACGAGACCCCAAGGGAUGACUGGCAGAGAAGGUGUACAGAGAUUGUGGCCAUUGAUGCUGUUAAAUACAGACACUUCCUGGAACAGUUUCUUCCUGAGAAGAUUACCAGGGAACUGAACAAGGCAUAUUGCGGAUUUUAUCGAAGCAACAUUAACAUCAAGCACCUCCCUGCUGUAGCCACUGGCAACUGGGGCUGUGGAGCCUUUGGUGGAGACACACGCCUAAAAGCUCUGAUCCAGCUGAUGGCAACUGCCGAGGCCGGGAGAGAUGUUGCAUACUUCACAUUUGGAGAUGCUCAGCUUAUGAGAGACGUUUAUGAAAUGCACACGUUCCUCACUGAAAGAAGAGUUACAAUUGGACAGCUGUACAGCCUCUUCAUCCAGUACUUCAACGAAGAGUGCAAGAACUGUCGCACAACACGCCCCCACGUCACUCUCUACAGUUUCAUCUUUGAAAAAGUCUCCGCUUCUGCAGCGUCCAACCCUAAGCAGGAUUCUAGGAUGUCACAUGUGACACCAGAACCUCAAUAACAAGCCAAGAACUGUAACUUAAACUUUGUCUUGUGCUAAGAAUCACCUUUUCACACACACGCUCACACACCCAGACUCCCUUUAGGUUUGUGGUUCUCACACAAGCUACCAAAGCAGGGUUUUGUCUAUUUGCUGGUGGUAUUAUCGGAACCUCGUAUUGUGACACCAAGUCUGGUGAAAGGUUUAUGAAACUAAUAGCAAUAGUGAAUUCUUGUUGCUCUUUGAGGCCUUUUUUUUCUUAAGUGUGAUCACAUUUUUUUUUCUUUAAUUACCAAUUACAAUAUCCAUCAUAUGCAUGAUUGUGGUAAAGCUUCACUGUUGAAAUGCGGAAAUUGCUGUAGUAAUUUCCUCGGUUUUUUCUUGCAUUUCAUUGUUUUUAUUUUUGAACAGUUUGUCUCCUCUGUUUUCUUGAAUGCAGAGAGAAUGAGAUGCUGUACUGUAGUCUAUGCAUGGGAAACAUUUAUUUAUCACAUAUUCUCCUGAUGUCUGCUGCUCUUUUAUAUAAUCUAUGGCUGUAAGACCCCACAUGUCUGUAAGGCUUGUUUCAAAGCGUCCAAACAAUAAUCACUACCGCUAGAAUCAUCUCAGAUGGAAUAUACAGGAAAUGAAUGGUCACUGUCAUCGUUGACCUUUAUUGCUGAAUAACUUUAUAGUUAUUAAAUAUAAUCAGUGCUAAGCAUAGUAUUAUCACUGUAUUUACUUAUAGAUUGUGAACAGAUAAUGAAACGCACGAAAGUCAUUAUUUUUAUCAAAGUUUUUACUCAAUUUUUGGUUUGAUGUGGGUAUGGUAUUUUAUUAUUUACUGUAUUUUCUUACAGUUUGUUUGACUGGGUGAUUGGCUUAGACAAAAAAUUGGGAUGUAAAUGUGCUGUUUUAGGUUGUAAUAUUUUUAUCAUUUCUUAAUUAAAACAUCCCAAUAAAGGAGUGUUUCUUUGUUGAGAUUUAUACAGUUUGUAAGCUACAACAAAUAAUCAACAUUUUAAAAAUUAGCUGUGUUUAAGAUGUAAUUUUCCUCUUCGGAAUAAUUUUACAAACGCAAGGCAGUGGUAAAGUAUUUAUAGCCUAUGAACAUUUUAGUGUAUUGCCAUGUUAAACCACAAAUUGAAUUGUGUUUUUGGGAAUACUUUUACAAAGUUUUGGGUAUAGGUGGACAGAUACUGUAUAUUUAUCUCUACGUAUAAGUGGGCAUUUUUGUAGAUUCCAUGGCAAAUUAUGUUUAUUUGGAAAAAAAAUCUCUACUUUCUUUUUUCAUUGAACAAAUUAAACCAAAACUGUCUAAAUAGUCAAAUAAAACUAAUAUUACUAGAAUCUUUACCCCAAUUUCUGCAGCCUCAAAAUUAUUAAAUGCCCUAAAGAAAAAUUUUAAUUAAAGCUCGCUUUUGCAAAUCAGGUGUAAUCUCAGGCACACCUGAUGGAGGUUUUCAUUAGUUACAUCAUAUGUGCUUGAGACAAACAUUUAAAAAAUAAUGACCUUUUGAUGUUUCUUAGAAAUAACUUGGUUAAAAUGGCCAAAUCAGUUCAGGAAAAGUUUGUUGCCUUUCACCAACAAGUAGAAAGAUUUAAAAAGAGUCAAAUAAAUAAAUGAAUCAUUGGGGAUGUUACCACUUUUUUUUUUCCCAGAUAGGACGUACAGUAUACCUACUGUUCUCAGAAAAAGAACUCAUUCAGCUUUAGCGCGGUUUUAUUAGAAGAAUAAGGGUUUCUACAUAACCUCAUGACGCAGACCUUCAUAAAUGGUGUGUAGGCUUGGCUGAGGUAACUGGAUUACACAUUAUCUGUGUCUCCUUGACUCUUUGUACUGUGCUCUGCAUUGACCAAAUGAGCUGUGGUCUCAUGUACUAAAUCAAUUUGGCUGGGCAGAUUCAGCAAUUGGGGGCUACUGUAACCCUUGUUUACCUGCACCAGAUAUUUUUGAUAAGCCAGCUACGGUGAUUAAAAAGAUUCAGACACCAAAUUGGGAUUGAAUGUGCCAGGCCAUUUUAAUAAAUGAGUCGUCAUAAUUUAUAGAGUUGCAGUUUUAAACCUUUUCUUAAAAAAUGUUUAUUCCCAUAAUUAGACUUUUAGAAAAAGUUGUCUUUUUGCAAUACUCAAAAAGUUAAAUAGGUGGCUUAGUUCGCUCCUGUAUAGUGAUCAUUCUGAACGGAAUCCUAUUUAACGACAUGCCUGUAAUGUUUCCCUGAGGCACCUCUCUUUUUGUCAUCAAACAUUGUUAAUAAAAUGCCACAAA